AUGGAAAUCCUAGAAAAGCUUCUCAAGUUCAAAUUCCAUAUCCUUUCCGCCAUUACCUUAUGCUCAUCCAUCCUUUUCAUCCUCUAUAUUUCUCCUAGAUUUCUCGAUAUUAUUAAGUACUUUUGGCCUCUUCUCGUCUCGACGGCGCUCUUUCUCGUUGCCGUGUUAGUUUUUGAACGAAUUUCUCCGCCACCGGCAUCGACCUCGGAUGAGAAAGCUGGCGAAGAAUUGUUGGACUACGUCGCCGGUCAGCCGGAUCAAUUACAGGCCGCCGUACAAGAACUGGAAGAAGAGAGUUUCAGAUCCCAAUAA